CGGCCCAAGUCUGGCUUGCCUGUCUGGCUCCUCUUAAAGGAGAAGUGUCGCCGUCAGAUGGUGUCGAAGGGGAGAACAUCACCCUCCAGCAAUGGUUCCAAAACAUCUGGGCCAGGACAGACUGGUGGCACCGACACAGACUGGCAGCGGCGCUGGCUGACUGCUUUUGUCCGGCUGACGUUGUAGGCUAAAAGAGCGAGAUGCAGGAGGAGGUGGGCAGCAGCUCUGUGCUCCAGGUGUGCUUCCCCAGCACUCAGGCCGCGGUGCUGGACAGCCUCAACCAGCAGCGGGAGGACGGUCGACUCUGUGACCUGGCCAUCCACGUCCAAGGUCACGUGUUCAAGGCUCACCGCUGCGUCCUGGCCGCCUCCUCGCCCUACUUCCACGACCAGGUCCUACUGAAGAACAUGUCCACCGUCUCCAUCCCGGCAGUGAUGGACCCGCUAGCGUUUGAGAGCGUGCUCAGCUGUGCCUACACGGGUCAGCUCCGGAUGCUACGUGACGACAUUGUCAACUACCUGACUGUAGGAAGCGUCCUUCAGAUGUGGCACAUCGUGGAUAAAUGCACCGAGCUGCUCAAGGAGGGCAGGGCUGCAGGGGGAGGGGCAAGUGGUGGUGGCUCGCAAGCCUCCAGAGGCGGAGUCUCUGACAGCAUUGCGGGCGGCAGCGGUGACAGCCUCGGUCAGGAUCAGGCUCAACCGGCGGCGGCGCAGGAGACCUCGCGCGUCUCCCAGCCUCCGAGCCGUCCGUCUGUGAGCGAGAGCCAGUCCCCCAGCAGCACCAACUACUUCAGCCCCAGGGAUGGCGGCGGUGGCGGCACUGUUGCAGCCGUAACUUCAGUGGAAGGAGGCGUGGCCAGCAACACGCCCAGCUACUGCACUCCGUCUGGUGAAGAGGCCUUCAUGAUAGAAGAGGACGAAGAAGACGAGGUCUACCACCAAAAGAAGAGAAGGAGAGGAGGAGGCGGCGGCGACAGGAAAAGGAAGAAAACCAGCUCGGUGUCGGAGGAGGAAGUCAGUGACAGCUUUGGCGUUUCCUCUUAUCAGGACGGCGAGGACUCGUCGGCGUCGCCGCUGCAGAAGCGCCCCGCCUACAUCCAGCCCAGCAUCAUGCCCCGCAAGCAGUGGGUGGUGGUCAAAACGGAGAGGGCGGAGGACGACGACGACCUCAUCGUGGUAUCGGGGGAGGAGGAGGAGGAAGACGAGGACGAGGAUGAGAGGGGAGUGGCAUCAGGCCGGGAGAGGGACGGAGGAGGGGACUUUGGCAUCUCGCAUGUCCGGACUCUGUCUGCCGAGGCGGCAGGCCGAGCCGAGAGCGACAUGGACGCACAGAUGGACUACUGCCAGUCUUCAGAGGACUUCCUAAAAUUCGAAGGCAGUUUAUUGGACCCGACUUUGGCUCAGCACCUUCAUGACAACAACUCUGCAGCUCAGAGCCAGAAUGCAAACCGGGCCGUUUCUGCACUGCUGGGCCAGGUUCCGGUUGCAGCCACGGCCCGCACCCAGCUCUUCCCUCUAGACAUGCAAGGGAACCAGGUCCUGGUCUACGGACAGACGUCUGGACUUUCGCUGGACGGUGCCCCACCUCCUCUGGGUGUGUCGGGUGGAAUGAUGGUCGGCGCCUCCUACAAAAGCCCCAGUGUGGAGCACGGCCCCGCCCACCCGUCAGUGCAGGGCAGCUUGGCAAGCGAGGGCGCAGACGGCAGUGGCGCAAGUUUGGGGAAGGUGUUCAUGUGUCACUGCGGCAAGACGUUCACGCACAAGAGCAUGAGGGACCGGCACAUCAACAUGCACCUCGACCUGCGACCUUUCCACUGCCCCGUGUGCCCCAAGAAGUUCAAGAUGAAGCAUCACCUGACCGAGCACAUGAAGACGCAUACCGGCCUCAAACCGUACGACUGCGCCGGCUGCGGCAGGAAGUUCAUGUGGCGCGACAGCUUCAUGAGGCAUCGCUCGCACUGCGAGCGCCGCGGUGGGACGAGCCAGGGGGGUGAAGGCGGGCCGAGAGGGGGAAGAGGAGGAGGAGGAGGAGAAGAUGUCUCGGAUCUCAUUCCCGCCAAUCACCUCUUCCCACCAGGCGAAGGGGGUCUGUGUGGAGGUGGCAGAGGGGUCAUGUCCGCUCCCUCUCCACGCCUGCACCACGCCGCCGUCUCUGCCUCGGGGAGCGGUGUGGCGGCGGUGACGCCGGGGCAGGGGUCAGGGAUGUUUGGCGGUCUGGCUUUGAGCCACAGCGUGUGCAGCGACCGCGUGUGUGAAGUCGGCGCCAAUGACAGCGUGACUUAACCCAGACUGGACCGAUGCAGCGUCUCAUGUGGUCAACUUCGUGAAAACAGACCUUUAUGCUGCAUUUUAGACCGCUGGGAAUCCAAUGUGCACAAUAAUAAAAAACAUGGCUGACCAGCCUGGUGAGCACACAAUCAACUACAGAAUAUUACUUGGCAGGCUGGACAGUUAACAGAAUAUUUUAUAGAACAGCUACUUGUUGCUAGGCAGACUUCAUAGUGCUCAAUGAUAACUAGCCACGCCCACAACAUUAACACUGUAGUGUAGUUGUACGCAUUACAGUCGUCACUCGUUUAUCGCCGUUACUUGGUUUUAUGACUCGGUUAAAUAAAACAGUUCGUUUUAUCAAGCAAUAUUUUUUCAUUGGAAUUUCCUUAAAAUUAAUAUUACAAUGUCGUCUCGUCUCGUUCUGACCGACCCAAUCCUGUUUCGUGACACCCCUAGUUUCAAAUGUAGUGGGGAAGAAGGAAGGACAAAGAAGGCAAAAACUUUCCACACAGAUUGAAUGGAGAACCUCGGCCUUGGCAUGUCUGUUACAGCCAUGGCAUGUCCGCCUCGGCCUUGGCAUGUCCGUUACAGCCAGGGCAUGUCCGCCUCGGCCUUGGCAUGUCCGUCUCAGCCAUGGUAUGUCCGUUUAAGCCAUGGCAUGUCCGCCUCGGCCUUGGCAUGUCCGUUUAAGCCAUGGUAUGUCUGCCUCAGCUUUGGCAUGUCUGUUACAGCCAUGGCAUGUCCGCCUCGGCCUUGGCGUGUCCGUUUCAGGCAUGGCAUGUCCGCCUCGGCCUUGGCGUGUCCGUUUCAGCCAUGGCAUGUUCGCCUCGCCCUUGGCAUGUCCGUCUCAGCCAUGGCAUGUCCGCCUUGGUCAUGGCAUUUCGGCUGGGCUCUGCUAGCUCAGUAGCCAGUCUCCAUGCAGUGUGAAAGGUAAUGGAAUCUACCGUCAUGUCUCAUAACAUUACUGAUGCUUGGUGACCACAAUACUGCUUAGAACUUGUCUUUCAAUAUUUUUGGACUAAUAAUAGGCCAUAGUCCAUGAAACUGCAAUCAUUAAUUAAUUAAUACAUUUAAAAAAAAUUGACAUAAUGAUGGACGACUGUAUUCGUUUUUGAUUGUGUUUUUUUUUUCAAUGGAAUCAGUACCAGUGCCAUCUGCUGGAUUUGUUAGGCUGAUUGCUCGUCAACUUCCCAGUUUUCUGGAAGGCAGCAUGAGCAAAGAAACAGGAAGUGCGUCACGCAGCGGUGUCAUGCUGUGAACCGAGACUGACACAUUUUGGCUCUCCAAACCUCAGUUUUUCUAUGUAGUCGUUUUUCUUUCCCCACUUGUGAACACUUCUUUUUUCUUUUUAAAAAAAAAUUAUUUAAAAGUUGAACAUUUCAGACGAGGCAGCCGUUCUGCCUGGCAACAUGAAAGAGAACGUACGCUGCUUGUAACUGUGAAAAGGGAAAUAAAGAAUGUUGUUAUCGGCACAUUGAUAGGAAGAACGUUGACUACUACCACUAUUAAUAUUAGAGAUGCACAUUCUUUUUUUUUCUAACCGAUACCGAUAACUUUGUGAUUCUCAAGACUGAUAUGAUACCGAUAACUUUUUAAUAUCUAUUAACUUAUUCUAAACUUAAUCAAGUGUUUCAAACGGGAAGAAGGACGAAGAAGCCAAAAAAAAUUACCACUUCCACAUGGAAUGAGAGGAGGACCCUUUGACAUAACUACCACCACAUCACUAUUAUCAGGAGAACCAGAGUAUAGAGGAGGAGGGAGCCACCUGCUGUGGCCCAGCAAGGUGCACUGUGUUCGGGAACACGCUCCGAGCAGCCAGUGUGACGCCACGGAGGUCUCUGGCAAACCUUUUGCACUUUUCAAAGGCUGUGGCGCUGACGCUUCAGGUGGCUGAUGAGGUUUUUUCUGUGCUCAAUAUUUUUUUUUCCCCCCUCAUGGCGAGACAUUUGGUACAGCUAGCACUUGAAAUGUCUGUGAGUGAAUGUUUGUUUACAAGUGAGCUCAGGGGAAGUUAUGACAGACCUUAAUGUAAAAAAGGAGCGCCUGAUUUGCUUACCUGCAUGGUACAGGUAAUCUCGUCAAAUUGGAGCGUGUUUUUAGAUGAAAAGUUGUUGCAGCUGAUUUUUUUAAUGUUUUUAUCAGUAUGACGUCAUACAGUAAUUCCUUCAUAUCAGUCUGAUAUUGAUCGUGCACCCCUAAUUAGGACCUGAGCACCCAGCCAUAGCGGUUGAAGGCCAUUUGGAAACCGCUAUGUUUAUUAUUAUUCUGUGACUUUCCUCACAUUUUUGAGGACUUUAAGAUGCUUGAAAAGUCACCAAAAUUUUCAAGCGUGUCAGGUCUGGCAAGAAGUGAUAUUUCAGGGGUCCCAAACAGAAACUCACAAAACUCACUCAGUAGCGCCAAAACCAAGGGAAUGUAUUUUACUACUACUACUAUUAUUAUUAUUAUUAUUGUUCUUCUUGUUCUUGUUCUUGUUCUUGUUCUUCUUCUUGUUCUUCUUCUUAUUAUUAUUAUUAAGGAUGACUUAUGCUGAGAGGGAGAGCUUGUUGAGAUGCUGCUAGCAUAGAAUGUAUUUCAAGUGGAUGUUUGGGCUCCUCAUCCUCCGUCAGCACUUCCUGUAUCCAUUCCUCACGUCCACCACUGAAGCUCACAUAUCACACACUGAUGGUGUUUGUUGCCUCUCCUUGUUUUUGAGUCUUUUUUUUCCAUUCGCCUCCGAUGACACUGAUUGAUUGUGGGACAAGAAUAAUGCGUCAGUUUGUUCUCUGCAGUAAAAGAGGAAGAAGUGUGCACUUUGAACCUCUCUAAAUGUCACAGAAGCGUCCGAACGAGCGCUUCGGAUCCGCAAACACUCGACAACCUCAUAGCUUCUUCGACUACGUCGCAGAAGCUGCUUUAGUGUUCUUAAAAUUGCAUCAUCGCAUUUCUGACACAGUCACUGUUGCUGCACCCCCACUGCUUCUUUUAUUGUUCACCUAAAAAAAGCAACGAAUCAAUAAAUUAUUAUCCACACAAACCACUCUCUUUCUCUGCCACUGAUACGGGACACAUGUUCUGUUUCAAUCUGAUGACGGAAGACAGAAGUGCACAGUGCACCGCUAGUUUCAUCUAAUGAAAAAUGAUUUUAACCCCAUAAGACGAGGGUGUCCAAAGUUUUAUUGGCCCUCAAAAUACAAUUAAACAAGAAAACUAAAAAAAAAACUACAGCAAAAAUGGAAAAAAAGAGCAGUAAUUAUACAAGAAUAAAGACAAAAUAUUAGGAAGGAGCAUAAAGUUGAGAUAGUAAAGACUAAAAUAUUACUUUUAUUUUCGUUGUAAUAUGAAAAAUAAACAAAACAGUUACAAUUUAAGAAAAAUUAGGUUUAAUAAAACUUAUAUUACAAUAAUAAAGUCAAAAUAUUAUGAGAAUAAAAUGCAAUUUUACAAGAAACAUGUAUAGGAAGAAACUUAAAGUUAUUACAUUUUUAUUUAAAUUAAUAAAAAAGCAUAAUACUUAAUAAUAUAUUAUAAAUGAUUAUAUUAUUAAUAAUAGUUAAUAACUAAAUAAUAAUCAAUAAAAAAUAACAUGCGAUUUGUCACCGAUAAGGCUGUUUUCUAUCUGAGUUGGGUUAAAACAAGCUAAAAUUCCUUUGACUUUUAAGUAUACGGCCUUUGGUGGAAAAAGUUUUGGACACCCCUGCCAUAAGAAGCCAAAGUGAUACGUGAAAUGUCUUCAAAUGUGUCCUGUGCAGCUUUGUGCUUGAUUUCAGUCCCUGCAGGAAACAUUCUGGAGUGGUGGUCAUGCAACAACCAUGACCCCCCCAGGCUAUGUCUUCUAUGGGUUGUUGAUAGUGCAAAUUUUGGGUAUCGAAUCAAAUUUUUGUUUGCGAACAAUAUAAUAGCAUGUAUGAACAACGCUACAAAAACAUGCAUGUUACUGAAAAUAAAGACUAAUGCAAAUUUUGUGUAUCGAGACAAAUUUUUGUAAGUAAUAAAAUAACGCGUAUAAACAACGCUACAAAAACAUGCAUACAUAACAGAACAUAAAGAGAACUGGAACACAUUGAUAUUAUCACGAUAAUGUCGCUGUAUAAGGAUCGAUAUUUGGAUCGUUCCCCAAAAUGGCAGGUAAAAACUGGUGAAGAAGCUAGCUCAUUCCCAAAAGCUUUUGUUGCCAUUUAAGGUCAUUUUUUAAGGUAAUUUUAAAUACAUUUAACAACUCUACUGCGUUAAUACGGUGACAAAUAUGAAGAAUUCCACUGUUUCUAAUAUUUCUUGAAUUAAUUCGUGUAAAACAGGCUAGGAAAAUAUCGCUAGCGGUAUGGGAAGCCUGACAUGAUGUAUUUGUCACAUAGCAAAAAUGCUAAGAAGCCACUCAAUAAACGUCACUGUUUCACUUAUUUUGAAUUCAUAUAUGUUCUUUCAUUCAAUUAAAAGUAGAUUUGUCCCAGCAAGGAAUACGUUUAUCAUGAAUAAUGUAACUUAUCA